ACUCGCGCGUUCUCUUCAGUCGCGACAGAACGCUCGCGCAGCGCACACCGCGACGCGCAUUUCAAACCAAGAUCUCAAGAUCAGACCUUCGUCAAAUUAUUUUCAAAGAAACGAUUUUUUUAUUGCAUUUGGAUGAAAUCAACGCGUCGACACAAAUUAACGAUCUUUCGAACAAACCGAGGACGUUUCGUGUGAAAUGUGCGGAGCGAUUUAUUUACGCGAAAUUGAACGUCGAUUGUCGUCGCGCGAAAUGCACUUGUGCAUCCUGACGAUGCUUGCAAGAUUGUGAUUGGUGGAUGAAUCCUUUCGUGUAUUGUGAUCACCGCAUAGAAUUCUUCUAGUGAACUCGAUAACUCGAGAUACUUUCGAUGCAACUCGCUUGUCAGAUUUGAACAUUUGCCGCGUGUUGAAACGCGCGAAUUCAAUCGACACGGUCACUCAGUUGCGAGUUUAAUAAAAGUAAAGAAAACAAGAAGGAAUGCUGAAACACGUGUCGGUCUCGCCAUGGAGAGGCCGGGCGGACAGCGUGAGUCUCUCUUCCAGCGGCGGCGCGAGUAGCUGCGGAAGCGGAAGUCCUACCCCCGGUCACACACCGCCACCCUCGAGAGCGUCCUCGUGCGCAUCCCUAGCACCCUUAACCGCCCUUUCGAGCUUCUCCCCGGCUGAUACCGCGCCUCAACAGACUACAAUCAAGGUUUACGCCAACUGCUUGCGACCAGACAUCGAAUACAAAACCCUGAGUAUUACCUACGAGACGACAUGUCGCGAGGUCGUGCAGAAUCUCCUGAACAAAUAUCGCAUGAGACACCGUGACCCACGGUUGUUCUACCUGACCAUGGAGGUGACCGUGAGGAGGGCCAACGUGCGCACCAUUCUGCCACUUGACGAGGACGCAAGGCCAGCCGUUCUACAGUCCUGCCAUCCCCGUGGCGAUUCCAAGUUUUCGUUGCAGACACGCCGCGGCGGACUCGUCAAAAUAUACGACAGCGCACUCAUGUCCGGGUCUAAAUACAAGAGCCUUCUGGUCUCGGAGCAGACCACCGUAGACGAGUUGAUUCAGAUGCUGCUGAGUUGCUACAGCUCCAAGGAACCGGUGGAGCAGUUCUCUCUCUACGAGGUCUGCGAAGGCGAAGAGUACCAAAGGAAAUUACAUCCCGACGAUUCCCCGCUCAAAGUCACACAACGGUGGACCAGCGCGGACAGACACCUUCGCAUUAGACGAAACCCAGACUACAAUCAGCACAGGCGAAAGAGCAUGUGGGCGUCGGACUCGAGCAUCACGAUGGCGAUGUCAAGACUGGAUCUCCACGACAAUCUUCCUAUCCAUUACAACUCGAGGAUCGACAAUAACAAUCAUCUAAGUCUGCAUCAUUUGGCCGGAAAAACUGCCAUCACUUCUAACAAUAACAACAAUAUCAUCCAUCGGGAUCAGCAUCACUCGUCGCUGGGUUCCAUCAAUCAGACGCCGCGAAUCGUUUUACCUCACAAGCCGGAUCCUCCGCAGGUGCAGUUGCCGCGGGUUCAGCAUCUCCCGCAGAGCGUUCCGUCGACGCCGCUCUCGUCGAAACAUGUAACCGCCUCCUCCUACGCCGACUACGAGAAUUACCUUUUUAUAUAAGGGCUUACGUGAGAGCGUCUGUGCUUGCGUAAGAGUGAUCAAAAUUGAGAGAAACUGUGUCGAUCGCGAAAGUUCAGCUCGCGAUACGGUCAGAGUUACCAGAGACUUGUUGGCUGUAGGAAAAAUGUACGUUGAAACUCUCUUCGACAGUAAUUGUAUUCGUAUGUAACAUUUAGACUUUUUUUUUUAGACUUCACAUAUAUUAUGAGCACUAUGAGGCGUAAGCAAACGUGUACCUUCGAAUUACGUAUUGAACAACGAACGCUUCUUUUCACAAUACGGAUUAGGAUUUUGACUUCCGAUAAUUAUUACUAUAAUACUUGACGCAAUUUUUCAAGAUAAUUUAUGUACAUCGAAAAGAAAGAUGUUGCAAUUUUUGAUCAGAUAAUUUUACGUUUUUCGUUUAUUGUUAACGUUUUUCAAGUAAAAUUUAAAACUACUAAAAUAUAAGUUUUUAAGGCUCGUUUGCCAAUUUUUGUAUUUCGGCUGAUUAAUAAGCCGAUAAUACUAAACAAAGAGAAUUUACGAUAUUAGUUAGUAGCGAGGGAAAUUAAAAACCAAAGGUAGACGUAUGAAAUUUUAGACACGUAGUACACACAUACGCAUAUAUACGCAUAUAUUUGAAAAAAAAAAACUAUAAUAUGCGCUGUAUCUGUAAGAAAUGACAAGCCUGAUUUUUAUAAUUUUUAUAUAUGUUUGUUUAUAUAACAUUCAAAAAAACGAAAUAUAAAUCACGAGAUA